UUUGAGCAGGAAUUAUUUGGAUGUCAUCCGCAGAUGCUUAGUGAAUGAAGGAUAUGGCUGCUCCAAGCACAAGUACGUCGGCGCUUUCAUAUCUGCCACGAAUUGAACCGCAGUAUGUAAGGAUUGUGGGAGACUCCGUAGGGGUUGUGAAUCUCACACCCGCUGCUCUUCAGUGUCUAGCUGACAAGCUAACACAAUCCCUAAUUCGAUGUUCGAUGCUGGCACGCCAACUUGCGGUGCAUGGCCGAAGAAGAACGGCUAAAGUCGAAGACUUUGAAUUAGCACUUCGAUCCUAUGGAUUGCAGAUGCCAAUCGGUGCUUUAACGCGCUCUUUGCCGUCUCUCCGUCAAUUGCGUAUGCCGGGCGGAGAGCAGCUUUGUAUCAGGGAAGAUGUGGAUCUAGACGUUCCAGCUCUCACACAACCUCCACAAGUGAAAGUGCCCGUCAAAAGGCAUAUCCGUGUUCACUGGAUACGCGUAGAUAGCGAGGAAGAGCCUCCGCCAGAAAAGAAGGCUAAGAAAAUCUCGCAAGGAAACGAAAUGAUCUCUGCUGAUAUUCCAGCCGCAUUAAGGAAAAAGAUCCAAGUUCCUGGCGAAAUUGCUGCUCCUUCAAUUUCAUAUCGGUUGGCCGCCCAAGGUGUCCCAAAGAAGGAGCAGAUUCUCAUCAAGCCGUCUUUCGUUGAACCUCUUUCAGUGGAGCAGCAAGUCUACCUCAAAGAGAUCGUGGAAGCUUGUGUUGGACAAGAUGAUAGGAAGCGCCAACAAGCACUGCAGUCUUUGGAAAGGGACACCGGGAUACAAGUGUUGCUUCCUCGACUGUCGCGACUCAUCUACACUUCCAUACGUUGCAAUGUUGUCCAUCGUUGCCUUUCCAUGCUCAUCUAUGUUGUCCGAAUGAUGCGGGCGGUUGCUGUAAACAAAGCUGUGAAGCUCGAUGGCGUUCUUCACGAAUUUCUUCCGUCACUGAUGAGCUGCAUGCUAGGUAGAGUCUUGUGCACUCGUCCCGAAUCGGAUAAUCAUUGGGCCUUGCGAGACUUUGCUGGAAAAACCUUGAUUACUAUAAUAAAGGAUCACGGCAGCAAAGAUACAAAACGUCGUGCAUUUCGUGCUGUGAAAAGGAUAUUUGAUGAGCCGACUUCUAGCUACUCCAUGAUAUAUGGUACAAUUACGACUUUGCUUGAAUUUGCCACACCCGUAGAGCGAAUACGCCUUCACCCACGCUUUAUGAUAUUACUGGAAAAAACUCGCACUGCUGCGGCUACAAGCGGUGAUCUGCAGGAGCGAAUCGAAGCCAACAAGCUGCAUGCCUCGCUUACAAAGCAUGAACCAUCCCUUAGGAGGCUCAUCAAACAAGCUGCCCAAGCGUCAAGAAGAGGGCACUCCUGAUGCUGUACCAUUGUAAUUAUGUAUGUUUGUGGAAUUUGUAUGUACCGAGAGAUUAUUUCAAUAAAGAGGU